AUGUUGAUUUUUCUCAUUCGUUUUUUCUUUCUCUCCUCCUCCCAUCUCUUAUCUUUCUCAUUCUUUUUCCCGUUCUCUUUCCUCCUCUCACCUAUUAUCUUUCUCAUUCGUUUUCUUCUUCGCUCAUCUCUUAUCUUUCUCAUUCGCUUUCUCCUACUCUUUCUUCCUCUCACCUCUUAUCUUCCUCAUUCUUUUUCUCUUUCUCUUUCCUUCUCUCACCUCUUAUCUUCCUCAUUCUUUUUCUCUUUCUCUUUCCUUCUCUCACCUCUUAUCUUCCUCAUUCUUUUUCUCUUUCUCUUUCUUCCUCUCACCUCUUAUCUUCCUCAUUCUUUUUCUCUUUCUUUUCCUCCUCUCACCUCUUAUCUUCCUCAUUCUUUUCUCUUUCUCUUUCCUCCUCUCACCUCUUAUCUUCCUCAUUCUUUUUCUCUUUCUCUUUCCUCCUCUCACCUCUUAUCUUCCUCAUUCUUUUUCUCUUUCUCUUUCCUCCUCUCACCUCUUAUCUUCCUCAUUCUUUUUCUCUUUCUCUUUCCUCCUCUCACCUCUUAUCUUCCUCAUUCUUUUCUCUUUCUCUUUCCUCCUCUCACCUCUUAUCUUCCUCAUUCUUUUUCUCUUUCUCUUUCCUCCUCUCACCUCUUAUCUUCCUCAUUCUUUUCUCUUUCUCUUUCCUUCCUCUCCUCUUAUCUUCCUCAUUCUUUUCUCUUUCUCUUUCCUCCUCUCACCUCUUAUCUUCCUCAUUCUUUUCUCUUUCUCUUUCCUCCUCUCACCUCUUAUCUUCCUCAUUCUUUUUCUCUUUUUCUUUCCUCCUCUCACCUCUUAUCUUCCUCAUUCUUUUUUUCUCUUUCUCAUUUCCUCCUCUCACCUCUUAUCUUCCUCAUUCUUUUCUCUUUCUCUUUCCUCCUCUCACUUCUUAUCUUCCUCAUUCUUUUCUCUUUCUCUUUCCUCCUCUCACCUCUUAUCUUCCUCAUUCUUUUUCUCUUUCUCUUUCCUCCUCUCACCUCUUAUCUUCCUCAUUCUUUUUUUUCUCUUUCUCUUUUCCUCCUCUCACCUCUUAUCUUCCUCAUUCUUUUUCUCUUUCUCUUUCCUUCUCUCACCUCUUAUCUUCCUCAUUCUUUUUCUCUUUUUCUUUCCUUCUCUCACCUCUUAUCUUCCUCAUUCUUUUUCUCUUUCUCUUUCCUUCUCUCAUUCUUAUCUUCCUCAUUCUUCCUUUUCUCUUUCUUCCUUUCUUUUUUCUCUUUCACCUCUUAUCUUCCUCAUUCUUUUUCUCUUUCUCUUUCUUCCUCUCACCUCUUAUCUUCCUCAUUCUUUUUCUCUUUCUCUUUCCUUCUCUCACCUCCUAUGUUUAUCAUUCUCUUUCUCUUUCUCUUUCCUCCUCUUAUCGUCUUCCUACGAUUUUUUCUGCAUCUUCUUUUUCUUUCCUUCCUUUUUAUUCUUUUCUUUAUUUUAUUAGUUUUUUUUCCCUACCUCUCUUAUUAA